AUGGAUGCUAUGCUGCAAAGACACUGCGCUCGAUUUAUAUACAUAGUCCCAGAAGGUUUGAGGGAACUGAUGUCGGAUAUUUCUAGAGAAGUGUUGAGAUCGCAACCCAAUGAAAUAUAUACGUUCAUAGCAGACUAUUUGGAUGCGUUGAUGAUCACCAGAGAGAACGCUCGAAUUGCGAUAAAAUUGGUGGAGAGCAUCACCGAGAUAGCUGAAGCCACUGUACAAACGUUGUUGGAAAUUGGAGUAUCAAGAGAAGACGCCGAUGAAGUUGUUGCUAUUAUUCAGAAACAUUUCAGGGAGCACGCAGAAAUUAAAAGGUUGCACAAAUUCGAUGUAUUGGAGCACACCGAAGGAGAUAUGGGUGAGGAGGAUAUCAUAAUCGAACGGAUUCUGGCUGAGCUGAAUAUGACUAUGGAGCAACUCGAGAAGAUGGUGAUUAUAAUACAGACUGCCUAUAGGAAGUUUAAAGAGAGGCAGGAGCGAGAAAAGCAGUGGCUCUUCGGAAUGGUUGAUUGGAGGAUCGCAGCUAGAAGUGCUAUAGCUUUGUACCGGAAAACUGGUGUCACCUAUUACGAAGCGAAUAGAGCUGCGUCUUUGAUCAAAGCCGCUUACAAAGGGUACUACACAAGGCGCGUGAUGAAGCGGUUGUUGCAGCAAGGAAUUGCUGAUGACAGCAUAAUGUACGACGAAAUAUCAUGGGAAUUGGAAGAGAAUAAGGAGUUAGACUAUUCCACGGCAUCCUCGAGAAUCACCACGUUGGAAUUGGAAUAUCAAUCGGAUGAAACUCUUGCGACAGAAGCUAUGUACGAUACUCUACCGAUUUCGCCAUACACCGAUCAAACGCAGCCCGGAGAAGACACUCUGCCUAUGGACGUAGAGCAUUACGUUUAUAACGUGGAUGAAGAUCACACUUUGUACAUGGAGGAAGGGCACGGUGAUGAACACCACGAAAUGCAGGAGCAUCAUGAAAUGGAGGAACAUCACGAUAAGGUAGAACACGAAGAACAAGAAAUACACCAUGAGGACUAUGAGGAAGUGCAACAAGAGGACGAGGCUGAAAUUAACGAAGCGGAAGAACAGCCUCAAGACAUUGCGCCUAUGAAUCCAGAAGAAAUGGCAGGCGAAGAGUGAACAAAUUAAACGCCA